UUCAAGUGUUGUGAACAGAGAGUCGUUUGGAUUAUGUGUUUCUCAGACAGACUGAAUAAAUGCUAACAAUGGAUAAGUGCAAACACGUUGGGCAGUUGCAGCUUGCUCCAGACCAUUCCAUCCUCAACCCUCAGAAAUGGUAUUGUGUGGACUGCAAUACAACUGAAUCUAUUUGGGCUUGCCUCAGCUGUUCUCAUGUUGCCUGUGGACGAUAUAUUGAAGAGCAUGCACUCAAGCACUUUCAAGAAAGCAGUCAUCCUGUUGCACUGGAAGUGAAUGAGAUGUAUGUUUUUUGUUAUCUUUGUGAUGAUUAUGUUCUUAAUGAUAAUGCAACUGGAGACCUGAAGUUACUACGAAGUACUUUAAGUGCAAUCAAAAGCCAAAAUUAUCACAGUACAACUCGUAGUGGAAGAGUUUUACGGUCUGUGGAUAUAAGUGACAAUUCUUUCUUCUUACAUGAUGGCACCCAAUCUCUGCUUCAAAAUGAAGAUCAAAUGUGUACUGCCCUUUGGCACAGAAGGAGAAUGCUCCUGGGUAAAAUCUUUCGAACUUGGUUUGAACAAUCACCCAUUGGGAAAAAAAGGCAAGAACAAUUUCAGGAAAAGAUAGCAAAAAGAGAAGUGAAAAAAAGACACCAGGAAUUAGAGUAUCAAGUGAAAGCAGAAUUAGAUAGUAUGCCUCCAAGAAAGAGUUUACGUUUGCAAGGUCUAGUUCAGUCCACCACCAUUGAAAUAGUUCCUGUUGAAGUACCACCACAAACUCCACCAUCACCAGCAAAAGAUAAAGUGAUAUCUACCUCAGAAGAUGUGAGAUUUAAAAAAGGCAGUGACUCUCCAGUCAAACGAAGACCAAUAGGAACUCCUGGUGUAACAGGAUUGAGAAAUUUGGGAAAUACUUGCUAUAUGAAUUCUGUUCUUCAGGUAUUGAGUCAUUUACUUAUUUUUCGACAGUGUUUUUUAAAACUUGAUCUGAACCAAUGGCUGACUGUGACGGCUAGUGAUAAGACAAGAUCUUAUAAGCAUCCACCCAUAACAGAUACAGUAGUAUAUCAAAUGAAUGAAUGCCAAGAAAAAGAUACAGGCUUGGUUUGCUCCAGACAUCCAAGUUUAUCAUCAGGACUAAGUGGUGGGGCAUCAAAAAGUAGAAAUAUGGAACUUAUUCAGCCAAGGGAGCCAAGUUCACAGUACAUUUCUCUUUGUCAUGAAUUGCAUACUUUGUUUCAAGUCAUGUGGUCUGGAAAGUGGGCACUGGUCUCACCAUUUGCUAUGCUUCACUCAGUGUGGAGGGUAAUUCCUGCUUUUCGUGGAUAUGCCCAACAAGAUGCUCAGGAAUUUCUUUGUGAACUUUUGGAUAAAAUACAACAUGAACUAGAGACAACUGGUACCAGGUUACCAGCUCUCAUCCCCACUUCCCAAAGGAAACUUAUCAAACAGGUUCUAAAUGUCGUAAAUAAUAUUUUUCAUGGACAACUUCUUAGUCAGGUUACAUGUCUUGCAUGUGACAACAAAUCAAAUACUAUAGAACCUUUCUGGGAUUUGUCACUAGAAUUUCCAGAAAGAUACCAAUUCAGUGGAAAAGAUAUUGCUUCCCAGCCAUGUCUGGUUACUGAAAUGUUGGCCAAAUUUACAGAAACUGAAGUUUUAGAAGGAAAAAUCUACGUAUGUGAACAGUGUAACUCAAAGCGUAGAAGAUUUUCCUCAAAACCAGUUGUACUCACAGAAGCCCAAAAACAGCUUAUGAUAUGCCACCUACCUCAGGUUCUCAGACUACACCUCAAAAGAUUCAGGUGGUCAGGAUGUAAUAAUCGAGAGAAGAUUGGUGUUCAUGUUGGCUUUGAGGAAACUUUAAACAUGGAGCCAUAUUGCUGCAGGGAGACCCUGAAAUCCCUCAGACCAGAAUGCUUUAUCUAUGACUUAUCUGCUGUAGUAAUGCACCAUGGGAAAGGAUUCGGCUCAGGACACUACACUGCCUACUGCUAUAACUCUGAAGGAGGGUUCUGGGUACACUGCAAUGAUUCCAAGCUAAGCAUGUGCACUAUGGAUGAAGUAUGCAAGGCCCAAGCUUAUAUCUUGUUUUAUACCCAGCGAGUUACUGAGAAUGGACAUUCUAAACUCUUGUCUCCAGAGCUCCUGUCUAGUAGCCAACAUACCAAUGAAGAAGCUGAUACCUCUUCUAAUGAAAUCCUUAACUGAUCCAAAGAUAGUAGGGCUUUCUUCUUGCAAUUUGUAUAUAUACUUUUUAAAAGGGCUGACUUAAAAUUUUGAGCUUCAUUGUAUUUUUUUUUUAUUUUGAAAUCAGUGCACACUACAUUUACAUUUUGUAUUUAUGACAACUUUUUAUUUUUUUACAGAGACAGUGUAUCAACUGCAGGGAACUAAACUUUUUUCAAGUACUCAGUUUUAAACUUUUAGUGUUUACCUCAGACUAGUGUUACCUCUUAUUUUGAUGUCUUAAUUGGCUCAUAUCAUGAAUUUGUGCAAUCUACUAAAAAAAUUUGGGAGGCAUUUUAUAUACAUUUGUUACUUACCUUUUGUAACUAUUUUCUAUACAAAUUCAAAAUAGAUGGAAAAUUAGACACUUUCUUCACAAUGUCUUAACCAAACGAAGUUAUUUCUUUCAGGCUAUUUGUGUAUUGAAUAUCUGCCCCUUGAAGAGAAUUAAACUAUAUAAUGAAAGUGAAAUAUCCAGAUAUCACCUUAAUACUCAGCAGUCAUACUCACUGAUGUUCCUGAGGCUUCAUGCAUUACAGGGCUCAAAAGAUAUCUUGUAAAUUUUGUUUCAGUAAUUGUUCUUUAUUUGGCAGAGUCAAUCUGCAUUUAAAUGAAAAUGGCAGAUUUACAAAUGGUGUAUUAAGUGAACUUUGCAACUAAGGACAUGAAAAAAUGAUGGCUGGGACUUAUGAUUUGUCGGCAGCAAACAGAUUCUAAUAAGGCAGAUUCUAAUAAAGCAGUCAUUAAAAAAAUUGAAUUUAGCAAAACAAUAUGAUGUAAUACAAAUGUAGUUUAUCCUGGGUAUGUGUUUAUUUUAUAUUUGAUAACGUUAGAUUUCUUAAAGCUUUGUAUACUUGAGAUGUUUAGUUCAAAGGAAUAAGAAGUCUCAAAAAACUGCAUAGGUAGAGAAGGAAAAUUCAAAAUUGGCAACUGGUUUAUAUACCUAGUGUCUCAUUUUUCUAAAAAACUGAAGCCUGGAUUUUUUACUCUUGCUAGGAUUAUGUGACUACUGGAAACCACUUAAACAGGGGGCCCCAAUCUUUAAAAAAAAAAAAUUACCUGAACUUGAAUUUUACUAAAAACUGUGAGACACUCACUUUACUCUUCUCUAAUAAUCUCACUAGAUGUCUUUUUAAGUCCUACUGCUGCUCCCUUACUCAGAAGGGAACUUCACUAAACUCUGCACAUCAGUUCUGUAAGAUCUUAAGCACAGUGUUAAUUGCUAGAAGAUGAUUUGUCCCUUUAAGUGGGUUUAUUUGCAGCUUGAAAUCUAAUGAAAAAUAUCAUCCUGUAGAAUGCUCUUGGCCACUAGUGCUUGUAUGUAAGUAUAAACUUGAAAGAGACCUCCAUUAGCACAUUUAAGUUUCACAUGUCAUCUGGGGAAGUUGAUAACAAAGUGCUAUGAGAAUUUAUCACUGAACAAAUUAUUUGUGCCAAAAAUACAGCUGGAACAUAAAUGACUAGGUUUAAAACUGUUCAUUUUCUGAACACCUA